CUCAGCUCUCGUUGAGAACGCAACAACCGAUCUAUAACUCGAAAAAUCGAAAUCGCAUCAUAUAGAAAAUCUUAGCUCGAACGUACCAACGAUCUUUAAAUUGAUCUCUCUUCUAACCGGAAACUAAAAACUUAAACGCACUUCAUAAAAAUGGCCGCCAACUACAAGAGCUGCCCGCUGAAGAAGCGCCCCAUUGUUUUCGUGGAGGAGCGACUACCGCAAACGGAGGCCUUGGCUCUCACCAAGGACUCGCAGUUUGCCCAGGAUCAGCCGCAGGAUUUGUCCCUCAAGAGGAGCCGCGAAGAGGAGUCGCCCCAGGAUUACCCAGAGCCCGAACCCAAACGCGACUAUGUGCUGAAUCUCUCCAAGACACCGGAAAGGAUCUCCAGCUACAACUCCUGUCUAUUAUCGCCACCAGUGGAGGAUCAGGAUUACCAGCCCACCGAUAUCCAUAUGCGUGGAUUGACAGCUGGAACUACUGGUUAUACCACCACUUCCCCGGUUAAUCCCUUCCAGUCCGCCUUUGUGAUGGCCGCCGGUUGCAACCCGAUCUCCGCCCUUUGGAGCAGUUAUCAGCCCCAUUUGGUCAACGCCUUUCCCUCGCCCGCCAGCUCGAUGGCUUCUCCGCAGUCCGUGUACAGCUACCAGCAGAUGACUCCACCCUCCAGUCCCGGUUCGGAUUUGGAAAAUGGAUCCGAGCCCGAGGAUCUGAGCGUGAGGAAUGAUAUUCCACUGCCGGCUCUGUUCCACCUCUUCGAUGAGGCCAAGUCCAGCAGUGCGGCCAGUGUGACCAGCUCCUCGUCGGGCUAUUCUUCUGGAUAUGCUCCUGCCAUGAGCUCCUCCUCCUCCUCUGCCGCCUCUUCGGUGGCCAAGAACUACCGCUUCAAGUGCGACGAGUGCCAGAAGAUGUACUCCACCUCGAUGGGUCUGUCAAAGCAUCGCCAGUUCCACUGCCCCGCCGCCGAGUGCAAUCAGGAGAAGAAGACGCAUUCCUGCGAGGAGUGUGGCAAGUUGUACACCACCAUUGGAGCCCUCAAGAUGCACAUUCGCACCCAUACGCUGCCCUGCAAGUGCCCCAUUUGUGGAAAGGCCUUCUCGCGGCCCUGGUUGCUCCAGGGACACAUCCGCACCCACACCGGAGAGAAGCCCUUCCAGUGCCCCGACUGCCCGCGAUCCUUUGCCGACCGCUCGAAUCUGCGAGCCCAUCAGCAGACGCACGUGGAUGUGAAGAAGUACGCCUGCCAGGUGUGCCACAAGUCCUUCUCGAGGAUGUCCCUGCUGAACAAGCACUCCAGCUCCAACUGCACCAUCACCAUUGCGUAGGAUUCUCAG